ACCUGUGAGAGACGGGCCACGGGGCCCGAGGAACUGGGACCCGGCCUGGCCUGCAGAGGGGCUCUCUGGGAGCCCAGAGCGCCUCCCUGGGGAGGCCGCCUCCCACCCCAGCCCCACUGGUGUGGAUGUGCCGCUGCCCCCUGGAGUACCAUGACGGCAGGAUGACCUCGGCUGAGGCAGCGGCAGGGGUUGGUAGUGCCUGGGCUGCUGGGCCCCCCGAGUGGCCCCCCAGCAGUCCCCAGGCCCUCAGGCGGCCCAGUGGGGCACGGGUGGCCAUGGCAGCACUUGUGUGGUUACUGGCGGGAGCCAGCAUGUCAAGCCUCAACAAGUGGAUCUUCACGGUGCAUGGCUUCGGGCGGCCCCUGCUGCUGUCAGCACUGCACAUGCUGGUGGCAGCGCUGGCAUGCCACUGGAGGGCACGGCGCCCCUUGCCAGGCCGCACCCGAUGCCGAGUGUUGCUACUCAGCCUCACCUUUGGUGCCUCCAUGGCCUGUGGCAAUGUGGGCCUGAGCGCCGUGCCCCUGGACCUGGCACAGCUGGCCACCACCACUACUCCGCUGUUCACACUGGCUCUGUCAGCGCUGUUGCUGGGCCGUCGCCACCACCCGCUGCAGUUUGCAGCCAUGGGCCCGCUCUGCUUGGGGGCCGCCUGCAGCCUGGCUGGAGAGCUCCGGGCACCCCCAGCCGGUUGUGGCUUCCUGCUGGCAGCCACCUGCCUCCGAGGCCUCAAGUCCGUUCAGCAGAGUGCCCUACUGCAGGAAGAGAGGCUGGACGCGGUGACCCUGUUGUACGCCACCUCGCUGCCCAGCUUCUGCCUGCUGGCGGGUGCAGCCCUGGUACUGGAGGCUGGCGUGGCCCCGUCACCCACUCCCACCGACUCCCGCCUCUGGGUCUGCAUCCUGCUCAGCUGCUUCCUGUCUGUGCUCUACAACCUGGCCAGCUUCUCCCUGCUGGCCCUCACCUCCGCCCUCACCGUCCACGUCCUGGGCAACCUCACCGUCGUGGGCAACCUUGUCCUGUCCCGGCUCCUGUUUGACAGCCACCUCAGCACGCCCAGCUAUGUGGGCAUUGCACUCACCCUUUCUGGAAUGUUCCUUUACCACCACUGUGAGUUCAUCGCCUCCUGGGCUACCCGCCGGGGGCUGUGGCAGGGGGACCAGCCUGGCAAGGGUCUUUGAGACCCGAGGGAGCUCCUGGGCCACCUGUGAUAGCGCUGGCCUAAUCCGACCUCGGCCAGUAGCUGUGGGAGAAGUGGAGAGCAGGCAGCUACAAUCACUGGGGCAGCAGGAGGAGAGGCACCUUCUGGAAGGGCAGCCUUGGCGGCUGGAACGGGGACUCCCAGAGAGGUCCGCUCCUGCCCUGCCUCCUGUGCCCUGUCACAGACCCACUCACCACUGGAUGGUGUAUCCACACCUGGCAAGGUUAUUGUGCUUGUCAGAGAAAUUAUUAUGAUGAGUAUCAACUACUGUGCUGAACACU